UUUGCCCAAGGUCACGCCGGUGGGACCAGGGAGGCGACCCGCAGCCGGGUCUGGGGGCUUUGACCCCAGCCUGCAGCCGCCGCCGCCGCCGACGGGCGGUCCCGCGGGGUUGGUGGUUUGUCUCCGAUGCUUUCUAUUGACCUCGGGUGGACGAGCCGAGGGGAAAGUGGUGUCCGGACGAAAGCGGUCCUGCUCUCCAGGUGUUGGCAGCCGUUGUGGGUUCUAGGGUAAUGUUCAAGCCCAGAAAUGCCUUAUGUGGAUCGUCAGAAUCGAAUCUGUGGUUUUCUAGACAUUGAAGAAAAUGAAAACAGUGGGAAAUUUCUUCGAAGGUACUUUAUACUGGAUACCAGAGAAGAUAGUUUUGUAUGGUACAUGGAUAAUCCACAGGUUUGUAAAAUCCAAAGAUUAUCUUUAAAAAGCAUAGUUAGUGAUGCAACUAAGCUAAGGCCAAAGGCUGAGUUCUGUUUUGUUAUGAAUGCAGGAAUGAGGAAAUAUUUCCUACAAGCCAAUGAUCAGCAAGAUCUAGUAGAAUGGGUAAAUGUGUUGAACAAAGCUAUAAAAAUCACAGUACCAAAGCAAUCAGACUCACAGCCUAAUUCAGAUAAUCCAAGUCGCCAGGGUGAAUGUGGGAAGAAGCAAGUGUCUUACAGAACUGACAUUGUUGGUGGUGUACCCAUCAUUACUCCAACUCAGAAAGAAGAAGUAAAUGAAUGUGGCGAGAGUGUUGACAGAAAUAAUUUGAAACGAUCACAAAGCCAUCUUCCUUGCUUUACUCCAAAACCACCUCCUGAUAGUGCUGUUAUCAAAGCUGGAUAUUGUGUAAAACAAGGAGCAGUGAUGAAAAACUGGAAGAGAAGAUAUUUUCAAUUGGAUGAAAACACAAUAGGCUACUUUAAAUCUGAACUGGAAAAGGAACCUCUCCGCGUAAUACCACUUAAAGAGGUUCAUAAAGUUCAAGAGUGUAAGCAAAGGCUGAUAGCCCUGAAGAGAUGCACAGUUGGAUUAAAGCAGUCUCUGGCGCCAUUGUAGCACAGCGGGGACCUGGCAGAUCAGCAUCUUCUAUGCGGCAGGCCAGAAGGCUGUCGAACCCUUGUAUACAGAGGAGCAUUCCCACAGUCCUUCAGAGUCCAAACACACUGUCCGUCCUGCCGGUGCCGCAGCAGCAGCCACCUCACAUUCCACAGCCUCUCGCAGCAACUCUCUGGUCUCAAGCUUUACCAUGGAGAAGCGAGGAUUUUAC